AAUACGCUGACUACCAUCGCGGGCGCUUUAAACAUGGCGAGGAGUUUGCAGGUUUCCAAACUUGAAGAAAUCUUGCAGAAGGAGCUAAAUACAACAAAAUUAAAGCCUUUACGAUUUGCAACUGGUGGUUGCAUCAACGAAGGCCAGAGUUAUCUUACUGAAAAUGGAAAGAUCUUUGUCAAAGUCAACGAGAAAUCUGAGGUAAAUUUGACGUAUCAAUAGAGGGGAAUCUCCUUCGUUAUGUCAAACUCUCCGCUUGUUAAAUAAACAGUUGGUUUGGUUUUCCUUUCAGGCGACGAAAAUGUUCGAAGGUGAAUUUUUGAGCCUCGAAACCAUUUAUCCAACGAACACGGUCCGAGUUCCUAAACCAAUCAAGGUUAGCCUAUCUAGUAUCUGCCUACCUACUACGUAUCUGUUUAUUUUAAAAGCCGUCAAACAUCUAAGUUGGAAACAACGGUGGUUUAGUUUAUGUUGGAAGCUCCCUGACCGUGCACAAUCCUUUGUUUUUUGUGCGCAAAUUGUGACUGAAUAAAUUAAUGCGGUGUCUCUAUUAUUGGUCAGUAAACUUGUUCAAAAUGAUAUGAAUACUAUGUUGUGCAUAGUCGGGACCAUAAAAGCUAGCUAACAAAAACAUACAACAAAGGAGUCUAAUGGGUUUCCAUUCCAUAACUUAUCCGGAUUCAUUCAUAGUACGACAGCUGAUUUGUAAGGCGAUCUUCAGCUCACGCAAAAAAAUUUCAGGACAUUCUUCUUCAAUUUAACUGUUUUGCAGUUUGACAUAAUAUUGAAGUGUGCAGUAAUGAUUGCCACAGUCUCAGACAAAAAUGGUUGGGACACUUCCACUCAACGCUGUUUUUUUUUUUUUUCACUUGUGGCCCAUCUCCUUGUUCUCCCAAAUUAUGUUGUUUAUCGCAGUUGACUCACCAAAUCUUGCACACCAACACUGAGAGGGCAAGAAGACAAGUAAGUGUCCUAACAAUUUUGACUGAGACUGUUGGUUAACCUGCACACACAUAAGACUAGUAAUAAGGGAGCAACUACAGAAUACAGGGCCAUAUUUUAAGGUCUUAAACAGAAGUGGCUUGAUGGCUCACUAGUCAUGACAAGUGUUUAAAGAACUAGAAAUGUAUAAGACAAAAAAGUAUAAGACAGACAUAAAAAAGAUGUAAGAGUAUAAGAUUUAAAGAGCAAGUAAAGAUAUGUAUUUUCGUGACUCGGUUGCUCUAUGGCUCAUCAGUCAAGGUUAGCGUCUUAAAGAACGAGAAAGGUAUAUGUUGUAGUUAAUUUUUUAUCUCAGGUAACAGGUAAUAUGUGAUAAUAAAGUUGAAACAAAGGAAAAAUAAAAAUUACCUGAGAUAAAAAAUAAACUACAACAUAUCUAUUCUGGCUUGACAACUUAGUGGCUCUUCAGUCUUGAAAGGUUAUAUAGUUGUGUGGCUCGGUGUCUCAUCAGUCAGGACAACCAAGCCGCCAAGCCGCUCCAACAAACAUACCUAGAAAAUUUUCCUGUAUUCUGUAGUUACAGUUGUAUGCCAAAAUAAUUUAAGAAGUAGUAAGAAGCAAUAAAGAAGCCAUCUUGACUAUUCACAGUAAAGAACUCGGCUUGAUCUUGUCAUGCCAUUGGAUAAACAAAAAUAUUCAGAUUUAGUGUCCAACAGAUUCUAGAUUCAUAGCAUAUUCAAAAUUUUCCACUCUGGAGAGCAGAUUAAAAAAGUUGCGGAUUUGUAUGCUGGAUUCACUAGAUAUGUUUGGACUGAAGUCGAAUCCUCAAAGAAAAAGUUGCAGAUUCAAAAAUAUCUGGACACGUGUGGAUGGGGCCUUAAUUUUACAGUAACUUUUGUUCUGUUUUGCCUACAAGUAGUUUUGCUCUUUACUACUUAGUCUUUACUGAAAAAACGGCAUACCUCAGUGGAAACACUUAAAUAAAAUAUUAUAAGCAUCAAUCAAAGAGAACUGUGUUUUUGUAGGGAUCAUCUUCUUACAUCAGUCUACAUUUUUUUUUUUCAUUAAAAGUAGAUAUUUGACCAUCCUGCUGGAAGUGGAUCAAUUUUCAUUAUGGAACAUAUUGAUAUGAAGGGUUUGAGGAAAUAUCAAGCACAACUAGGAGCACAACUUGGAAGGUAACUCAACCAUCUCUUAGAGGUGUCCGCCUUUAAUAAACAGUCAGUCAAAGUCAAUCAGGUGGGUUUUUUUUCUUUUGGGGAAGAAAAGGAAAAGAAUGAAAUGCCUGAUUAAAUUUUUGUUUGUUAAAGAGACACCAAACACCCUAAAACUUAUGUCUGGUCAGCCUUUCAUAGCCAUGAUGGGGAUCAGAUUUCGAUGAUUGUGGGUAUGAAAUACAUCUGUUACCAGAAUAAAUUUGUACUCGGGGAAGGCAAUAAAAUGGCACUAAUCUUUGAACGACUAGCAACUGUAUAGCAAUUCCAUCUGAAGCUUCAUUUCACUUGAAGAAUGUUCAGAUUUGCUCUUGUUGCCUUUAGGGAAUUGACUUGGAAAUUCUUAAGAUUGAAACCCUUCAGCCAAUAAGAGUAGAACUUUAUAAUACGUGUUACUUCAAAACCAAUCAGAAAGAAAACCAGAUACUAGCUUUUUUGCAUGUGAUCUUACAAAUUAGUGGAUCAUAGGCACCCUCCUUCUCAUGCAAAACAUACAGAGAUGAUCAGAUCUCGUGGUAUCAUCUUCUAUAGAUCUGGUUAAAUUAAACUGGGUCCUGUUUCUUCCCACAGACUACAUAUGGAUAACAUUAAAAAAUUACAGAAGGCUGAAAUAGAGGAAAACAGGAUUGGAAAGGGGAAGGACCCAACAGCUAUUCAUAAAUUUGGUUUCCCAGCUGUUACAUGUUGUGGUUACAUUGGACAAAACAAUGAAUGGUGUGAUGACUGGGUGGUAAGUGAUGACAUUUUAAUGUAUAAAUUGCAGCCACGGAAAUGAAAUAAUCCUGAAAAAGGGAAGGUAACAAAGUCAGGAAAUACAGCUGUAUUGAAUUGAAUCAGUCCUUCUUGUCAUCAUCAUCAUCAUCAUCAUCGCCAUCAUCAUCAUCAUCAUCAUCAUCAUCAUCAUCAUCAUCAUCAUCAGCAUCAUCAUCAUCAUCAUCAUCAUCAUCAUCAUCAUCAUUGCCAUUAUUUGUCAUUUCCAUUUCUGUGUUUGAGAGGGACCCUGUGUCUGAUGCACCACACUUUUUGAUUAGCCAACAGGCUAAUAAGCCCUUUGCCAGACUCUCUCUCUUCAUCUUUCAUUAAAAAACUAUGUAAAGCCUUUGCAAGCUGUCAGACUGGAAUCCUUGUUGGUUCCCAUACUAGUAUGGGGACAGUUUAGGGUGCCGAUAGCAAUGUCCUACCAGCUGCGGACAACGUUCCUUUACCUUAUAGGACAACUUCUGAAUAUUAAAACAGGACCAUAGAGCUCCUCCAUAGCUUUUUGAACAGUCAAAGUAUGCUUCACUGCAAUUGCAAUCAAAACUAAUAGUAAUUUUGGCCUCAUAUUUUGUUGUAGACAUUUUACACCAAUAGAUUACAGCAGCAAAUGGACCUAAUUGAUAAAGAGGUAGGAUAUGUCAAUUCCUAUAGGUCAGGAGUAAAUUUGUUAAAUGGUUUCUCUUCAGGUUGAUUUUAAUUUCCUUCUCUUUAAUCCUGAAUAAUAAGAGAGAGAAGACAGAGGAACAAAAAUCUCAAUAUGUAGUACUUAAGUCAAGCCACCUGUAGUUGUCUCUGUUGAGAAAGUAGCAUAAUAUAACAUUGUUCUCACUUUCCUCUGUCCCCUCCUCCCUCAGUGCAGUUUCAAUGCCUUUGAAUUAGCAGUUUAAUUUGUUGCUGUUCAAUUUGACAUGUGGGAUGUGAUGUACAUCUUCAGUAUGGAGAUUCAGAGGCAAGAUCUCUUUGGUCAAGCCUUAAGCUAAAAAUACCAGAGUUCUUUAAAGAUGUACCAGAUAUAAAGCCUUCUCUUCUUCAUGGGGACCUUUGGAGUGGAAAUGCAGCAGAAACAGAUGAUGGUCCAGGUAAUGCAACUACAAAUCAUUUUAAACUGUUAAAUACAUACAUGUACUAACUAAAAGAUAGCACCACAUUGCUUAACAACAACAACAACAACAACAACAACAACAACUUUAUUAAGCCUUAAAGAAAUACAUUUACACAUUCACACUGCCUGCAGUUAGCAAAAGCUAUUUGAGGCAAGCAGUGUGGGAAUGCUACAUACAUAUGUUACAUUCAAUCACAUUAAAGGAAGAACUAUAGUUACAAAGAGGAUGCAGCAUUGUCUCUUAAUUCCCAAUUGGAGAACCUUAACAUUGUAAAAGUUCCUAGAACUGGGGAGUGCUUGCGAGGAGGGAAAUUUUAGUACUGUUUUCCAUGGGUCAACAAAGAUGUCUCUUCCCAAGAGGAGUAAAGGAGUUAGCCCUUGCACCCUUUAACCCCCAGUUAUUUUCCUACAAAACAAUUUUCCAGACUGCUCAAGUCCAUACAUUUCCUAAAAAAAAAUGGAUGACAGAAUUUUGUUUAAGGACAAGGCAUUUCCUGCAGAUGAUCAUUUCAUUAAUUCUCAUAACCUUUUCCCUUGAUAAUAUAUUGAGAUCGGUGGGAGAAAAUUGAUGUUGGUCAUUCUCAGGACUUAACCCAAACAAUGAUGACAGCCAGCAAGUAGCGAAUAAAAAGGCAUUUUUCACCAAUUCCUGAACACCUAAAACAUCAAGUUUCCACUCCAGGGGCGUUUUACUUCAAUGAAGAGUUAUGUGAGGAUGCUCCACGCUGACAUACAACCCCUUUAGUACCCUUCUAUUUACCAUUUCUGACAAAAAAAGUUAAUACCUCUUUCAUACUUUCUAUUGACUUUCACAUAUUAUCUAGUUUAGAACUGUGCAUUCCUCUUAAAUGCCAUAAAUGCACUGUCUUAAAAACAUGAGUAAACCAUUGCCUAGUCCCAAGGCCUCGAUAUUGUGCGUGGCUGAUGUGUUCCAGGUCACUUGGUCUCCCAGCUGUUUAAGUCUCAGAUACAUCACCGAAAUGUAUUGACCAUGCCAAGAAGGCCUGGGAAGACGCCGUACAGGGACUACUAGGCAAAGUAAAUCACAAAACCAGAACGUUUUCUUGACUUUUUCACAUCCAUGAAAUGCAUAUGUUAGCCCUUUUUGGCCUUUUUACAGUCGCUGACUGAAACGACAGAUUUAUUCUUUUAAUGCUUGCAGUUGUAUUUGAUCCAGCUUCAUUUUAUGGCCAUCAUGAAUUUGAUUUGGCAAUAGCAGGAAUGUUUGGUGGCUUUUCCGAGACAUUUUAUGAUGCUUAUCACAAGGAGAUACCCAAAGAAAAAGGCUUUAAUAAAAGGCAUCAAUUGUAUCAGCUUUUUCACCAUUUAAACCACUGGUAA